CCCACUAGCUCUCCCUCCACUAUAACACUCCCACUCUUCACCUCACAAUCCAAAGCAGCUGCCUCCCACAACAAUUGCCACUUAUGGCUCCUCCUCCUCCCAAAUUCUUCUCUCUCCUAUUCCUCCUCUCUCUCCUCUUCUCUCUCCAAGCUCAAGCCAGAGAGAGCCAAUUCUUUAGCAAAGUUGCCAGUUCUAACAACAACAAUGUGAAGAAAUCAGAGCUCACAAAAACGGAGACUCCAAAAACAGAGUCUCCAGAAACAGAGCUCCCAAAAACAGAGUCCUCAGUAUUCAAGCAAGAGCAAGAGCCAACUUUCAUUCCAGAGACUCAAAACGGAUAUGGCCUCUACGGUCAUGAGUCCGGCCAGCUGCCUCCCUCCACCUCAUCCAACGGUGGACCCUACAACACCGUCGCCGCCACCACAACCAACGGUGCACCCUACAAGUACACUCCCAACAACAACAACAACCUGCCCUAUACGGCCGAGGCAGAGAAGCAGCACAAUACAAAGUACCCCGACAGAUACAACAACAACUACAAUCCCAACAAAAACAACUACUACUACAACGGGAACAACUUUGAGGCCAACCCUAAUGGCCUCAGUGACACGAGGUUCGCUCAGAGCAGCUACACCACCACCACUGCCACCCCCAACAACUACCAGAGCAACAACAACAACUUUGAGGCCAAUCCCAAUGGCCUGAGCGACACAAGGUUCGCUCAGAGCAGCUACACUACCACCCCCAGCACCUACCUGAACAACAACAACUUUGAGGCCAAUCCUAAUGGUCUGAGCGACACGAGGUUCGCUCAGAGCAGCUACACCGCCACCCCAAACAACUACCAGAACAACAACAACUACUACAAUGUUGAGAAGCAGGGAAUGAGUGACACUAGGUUUUUGGAGAACGGCAAGUACUACUACGACCCGAGAAGCGAGAGCAACUACAACCAGAACCAGUACGGAAACUCUAGGGUGGCGGACUCAAAAAAUUGGUACAACAACAGGGGCAGUUACGGCAACGGAAAUGCGAACCAGAACACCUAUAACUCCAUGGAAGAGUACCAGAAUGAGGAGGAGUUCCAAGAGAGCGAAGAUCAGUUCGUGCCAUGAGACUUGUUUUGAGUAGUACCACUUUGCUGUGUUUUGAUAUAUAUAUUUAUGGUAAUAUGUUUUCAUCGAAAAGAACAUGAUUAAAGAUAGAUUAUUGUCUCUGUUUCUGCAAAACAAUGCUUCAGCGUUCAUGCUUUGCAAAAGCUUAAGUUUGUGGACUACGAAAGAGUCAAGAAAAUGUAUAUCAGCUUCUCCCUACAAGGUAUUUUGUUUCAA